UGGAGGGCGUGGCCGACGCUGCGCCGGUCUCGGCCUCGUUCGGCCAUGGUGGGGAAGCGACGGGCGGCCAUGGCGGGGAGGCGACGGGCGUCCAUGGCGGGGAGGCGAAGGGCGUCCAUGGCGGGGAGGCGGAGGGAGUUCCAGGCGCGCCACUGGAGGACGUCCAUGGCGGGGAGGCGGAGGGAGGUCCAGGUGCGGUGCCGGAGGGCGGCCAAGGCGGGGAGGCAAAGGGAGGUCCAGGUGCGACGGCCUCGGAUGCAAGUGCUCCGGCAUGGCUACAAGGGAUGGAUCCAAAUUCAACAUAUUUGCUGAAAAUCAAAUUGCUUGGCAACCCAAAAAAGCUAGGAAGGAUAUCAAAUGCUUUUGUUAUGAUAAGGUUAUUGAUUCCGACUUAACAAAUUAUAAGGACUUGGUUGAAUCAAUCGUAGAGCAGUACUCGCCUCGCUAUUUGGAAGUUGCACAUGUUCAGUACUACGAUCCUUUUCUUAAAAUCUACCCAGAAGUAACAUCUGACCAGGAAUUGGUGUCUAUGUUUGAGAAACUCUCUAAGACAAAGGUUGUGCACUUGUUUGUUGCAUAUUGUGAUCCAUCUGAACCAUAUGAGCCUAUCACAGAGUGGCAUAUUGAUGUGCAUAUCCAACCUAGCAACACAGAACAAGACGAUGAUGAUUAUCUUCGCAACCCAAUACCUGAGAAUGAACAUGUUGGUGUUGAUGAGGAAAAUAUUUAUUUAGACGAUGAUGAUUAUGAUAAAUUAGAUCCUCUUAUCAUGGUUCCCUGUUCCGUUAAAGAAAGGGACGAAGACUAUGUUCCUGAUCAUGAGAGCGAGGAUGAGAGCGUGGAUGAGAGCGAGGAUGAGAGCGAUGAGGAAGUAGAGGAAGAUGAGGAAGUGCACGAGGCAGAGCAUGCACCACAUUUAGAAUAUGAUAAAUUAGAUCCCCAAUGACCGAAGGAAGAAAAUAUCCCAAUAUGGCAGAGUUUAAGUUGGCGCUUUCUCAACAUGCAAUCAAACAUGAAUUUGAGUUUAACACCGAGAAAAGUGCACCACAUAGGUUCAGGGCUUAUUGUUCAAGAAGGGAUGAAAAUAAGUGUCCAUGGAGGAUAUAUGCUUCUACAAUGGAAGAUGGGUGCACCGUAAUGGUGAGAAAGAACUCUUGUGGUCAUGAUUGCUCAAGUACAAAAAGGAAAAAGAAGAUAAAGAAUGCAACCAAGUGGUGGAUAUGUGAGCACGUGAAGGAUUGGCUAAUUGAUGAUGCAACUCUAGGACCAAAGGCAUUGCGAAAGAAGCUUAAAGAGCACCAUGGAAUCAACAUCAAGUACAAGAGAGUAUACAUGGGUAAGCUGCUAGCCUUGAAGGAACUAUAUGGUGAUUGGAUACAAGCUUUGAUAAUUUGUAUAGUUUUAAGGCACAAAUUGAAAGGUGAUGCCCCGGUAGCAUAGUGAUAAUUGAGCACCACACAAUAAAAGAUAAAAUCAGAUUUAAGAGAUUUUUUGUCGCUUUGAAGCCUUGCAUCAACGGGUUCCUUAGUGGUUGCAGGCCAUACUUGGUAGUAGAUAACACCUUCUUGACAGGCAGAUUCAAGGGGCAACUGGCUAGUGCUACCGCCGUUGAUGGCCAUAGUUGGAUGUAUCCAGUUUGUAUGGGUGUUUUUGAUUCUGAAACUAAUGAGAACUGGAUCUGGUUCAUGCAAUUGGUUAGGCAAGCCAUAGGAUCCCCAAGGGGUUUAACCAUAUGCACAGACGCUGGGCAGCCAGUGAUGAUAGGUGUAAAAGAAGUGUUCCCAGAGGCUGAACAUAGGGAAUGUAUGUUUCACUUGGUGUCCAACUUCAAUAAGAAGUUUCAUGGAAAGGUUUUUGAUGACCACCUUUGGGCUGCUGCUUACUCAUGGAACCCAUAUUUAUUUGAGAAAAAUUGGGUUGCAAUGGACAUAGCAAAGCCAGCGGCAGCUGCACUUAGGAAGUGGCACACUAGGUUGUGGUCUAGGUGUCAGUUCUCAACAAUUUCCAAGGUGGAUUAUGUUACAAACAACUUGGCUGAGUGCUUCAAUAAUUGGAUUAAGCAUCACAAGUCCUUGAACUUGGACGACUUCUUUGAUAAGCUUAGGCAAUUGAUUAUGAUCAUGUGGAACCGAAGGAGAAAGGUAGCAAGAAAGUUAGUUGGGUUGAUUCUUCCCCACAUAAUUAAGAAGUUGAAUGCAAAGACCAGAGAAUUAAACUUGGAGGUGGUUGAAAGCUCAGAAGAAGUUGCUGAAGUAACCGCAUUGGGAGGCAGCGGCUUUAGGUUUGUGGUCAACUUGCUUGACAGGACAUGUUCUUGUAGACAAUGGGAAGUUUCUGGCCUUCCUUGCAAACAUGGUCUAGCAUUUAUCACAUCUCUUACCAAUGCACGCAUAGAGAACUAUGUGGACUCGUGUUACUCCAUUCACAAAUUUAGAGCAGCUUAUGACCAAUUAAUCCCUGCCAUGGUUGACAAGAACCAGUGGCCUAAAUCAGACCAUGGAUUCUUCAUGUUUCCACCACUACUAAAAGCCACAGCGGGUAGGCCUAAAACUGAGAGGUAUAAAGGCUGCAGUGAGAAGAAAAGAAAAAGCGGCCAACACUUAUGCCCUAUUUGCAAGGACUAUGGGCAUCAUUGGCACAAACGCAAGAAGGGUAACCCAGAUGACAUUGCUGCUAUUUUAGCUGUGAGAGGACCACCAAAGAAGAGGACAAAGACCACCAAAUCAGCUCAAUCAUCAAUUGUGCCUUGCGAGGAUGAUUCUCCAUCAGCCAUGCGUUUUCCGCCAAGCCAAAUCUUGGAGAAAACAACCAAGCAAAAAGGGAAAGGUGGUAAAUCUGGAUCCGGAGGAGCAAAAAGAUCAAGAACACAACCCAUUUGUGGCGAACAUGAUGUCGCCAAAAAGAAAACACAUGUUGCUGUGAAGGUACAUGCCAAAAGAAAAAGCAAAGAGGUUGCUGGAAUUACUCCGCACCUUCCGAUGGUGCCACUUGACAGCCCUGCAAUGGGUACACGCAGCAAGAAAUUCAACCCAGCUAGCCCUGCAAUGAGCACACGAAGCAAAAGGAGACUUAGUUUGUGAUUCUCAUGUCAUUACUUUCCGUAUCAUGUUUCAUUUUGAAAACUGAGUUGUUUAUGUGAUAUAUGUGUGGACCUUGGCUCUUUACGUGCUAUAUGCGACCUGUUGUGAACCCUCUUUACGUGCUAUAUGCGACCUGUUGUGAACCUGGGCUAUUAUGUCAUCUUUAUGUGAACCUGGACUAUUGUAUGCCACUUUUAUGUGAACCUGAAUGUG